AUGGAUACUGCAAAAUCUCUCGCUCACAGCUGCAUUGAGGUCGACGCAUCUCAUUGGAACAGAUACGCUUUUUUGGUAUGUAUUCUCCGAGUCUUAACCUACAGGAUCAUAAUUUUCUUAACGACGGGUCUUCAGCGGCGCUGCUUGCGCAUCUUCCUUAUUGGCAGGGGCGACUACAAGAGUAUACCACUGAAAAAUAUCUAUUCUCCGUCGCUCCUUUCUUCGCUCCACCGGGACCUUCGCAUCAAAGUGAGAGAGACGCUUGGCAUCGACAUAGAACUGGACGACACGCCUACAGUCCAGGAAAAUGCUGAUGAAGUCCGUGAGAACUGUGAAGGCGGUUUGGAUGAUGGGGAUGAUGCAGCAGCUGAUACUAAUGUGCCCAAUAACAGCCAUAAUGUCAGUCUUGAUGGAGACGAGGAUGAGAACCGGGACAUCGGGCUAGAUAGCGGGACAGACGAAGGGGAAAUCGAUGCCGAGGGCUCAGGAUUCGGAGGUAAUGGAAAGCGUCCUAAGUACACUUCUACCAAGUUUUGGAACUUCGUGGAUGAUUCGCUUGAGGCUGUUCGCAACAUGGCGAGGGAAGAGGCCAAGGUAGAAGUUGACGCCGGGGGGGACUAUGACACAGCAUAUGAGAAUGCUACUCGGAACAUCCUUGUCGAGUAUUUUCAGCAAGACCUUGCUGAAUACCCUGGGAGGAGGACCGUUCCAAAACUCCUUUCCACUUACAAUCCCCAGUGGCAGACGACGAUUCAGACAAAGCUGCUCUGGACGACAUGA